AUGAGUUCUGUACCUAGAAUUAAAAAAGAACUAUAAAAUUUUCAAGAUGAACCUCUCACUGGGUUCCUAAUCAGCAUUUUGGAUGGCAAUAAUAUAUUUCAUUGGAAAAUUUGUUUUUCUGGACCUUAAGGAUCACUUUAUGAAAAUGGAAUUUUUACUCUAGAUGUAUUGUUUCCUGAAGAUUAUCCAUUAAAAUCUCCAAAAAUAGUAUUUCUGACUUCUAUCUAUCAUUUAAACAUUGAUUAUAAUACAGGGUAAAUUUGCCUAGAAAUCUUGGGAUAAAAUUGGUCUCCAAGCUUAACUAUUAGAAAGUGUAUUCUAUUUUAAUCUACAUUUUAGUGCUAUUAAGUAUUCUAGCAUUGCUUUAUGAUCCAAAUCCUAAUAGCCCAUUACUUGACGAUGUUAAUACCGUUUUUAAGAAAGACAAAGCAUUAUAUCAAUAAAAAGCUAAGGAAUGGACUAAAAUGUACGCUAAAUGA